AUGUCCUCGAGCCCUAUCCGCAACGAAACUCACGAGCCCGACUCCUCGCCUAUCAGACCCACCAUGAUCAGACGCCAAUUCCUGCGACGAAGGAAGAGCGACGACUCGACCAACUCGUCGAAAUCGGACACCAAGGACACCAUCCCACAGACGCCCAUCCAACCACGAUCGAAGGACACCGACUCAGUCCCAACCUCGAUGAAAAGCCUUCUCGACGAUGCCGACCAACUCCUCCGAGAUGUGUCUCGCGAGUUGAGCGCGAAGGCCAAAGAACCAGAGACGCCGGCUGCGCAGCAACGCAGGGCCAGCUUGGACCGUUUCUUGAAAGGAUUGAACUUGAAGCCCAAGCCGGCCAUGCCACAACCGCCGGCGCAGAUCAUCCUGCCACAGCCCACUCGACAGAGGAAGCAGCGCCCAACAAAUGGUUCGGAAGUCGCGAUGAAGGAGAACGAGGACGAUGAAGACACUGAAACUGAAAGCGAGGAUGAAGGGCUGGCAUCGUACGAGGAGACGAUGCAGGACGUUACAGUGAAGAAGGCGGAGGUGCCAGUGCCAUCAGGGAUCGAGAUUGCCGGAUCCAAGGGAAAAGGCAAACAGGUGGUAGUGGACGUUGAUUCGGAUGGCGAAGAAGACACGGCGGCCAGUCGUGCGCUGAAAGCCGCUCUCGAGGCCCAGAAGGCCAAACGCGACGCGUUCACGACACCACCUCGAAAGUUCACCAGGACGAAAACGGUCACGAUGCUUCCGCCUAUCCAUGAAUCGUUCGUCCAUCAACCCACCACGACGCAAGAACUCGGCAUGGAUAUUGGUGCAACCUCGCCUCCCCCAUUCAUUCCCCAUUCCAUCCCUUUGGCCACACCCCCCAGGAUGCUGUCGCGAACCAAGUCCAUCACGAUGCUUUCGCCCGUGCGCGAGGAUUCCGUCACAGUACACCCAUCCGUCGAGGUUAAUAUGCUCUCGCCUCCGCGAGGGGCCAUGGCGUUGACUGCCCCUCCAACCACUCCUCCCAGGAUUUUUGCGCGAGCCAAAUCGGUUACGAUGCUUUCACCAGAGCCCCAAGUCCCCAGCAUCGUCCAACCAUGUAUCGAGGUCGAGAUGGGUGUGGCAUCGCCCGAACCCGUGUCACCUCAAACCUUUGUCACAACCAAUACAGCCAGGAAUGGCAUCCGCAGGACCAACACGGUCGAGAUGGCUGAUCCACUGGUCGGAUUGGCCGUGAAGGUCCCAGGCGAGCAAAGGCGGGGAUACCAACCAUCCACCAUCCCAUUCCCCAAGCUUGCCUCCAAGUCGUCCUCUGCCGACUUCUCGGUUGCAUCAGCGUUCCCGAACGCUGUCGUCAAACAGGAUGACGAUAUUUCGACGCAAGCCCCCAUCGCCGCCAGCAUUGCCGGAAACUACAACUCCCCGCUGUCCGGAAACCAGGCACCGCCGCCUUUCGCGCCAUCCGUCCCUCAAGCCCACCCAGUGAACGCUCCCCCCGCGCUCAUGCCUACUGUUCAACCCUCGGCGGCUGUAGAUUUCAAUUUCAGCUUCCCGAUCUCGGCUCCCAGUCUCCAGCCAACAUACCAACCCUUCCAGCUACCAACCCCCACCUUCACAGCUACUGUUCCCCGGGCACCACCAAUCUGGGAGCUACUCGAGGAAGCCGAACAAUCCCGGCUCAGGUUCCAGGAAGCGGAGAGCAGGGCGUCGGAGGCCAGCACCAUCGGGACGCGCGAGAGGGUUGGGAGGCAAGUAGUACCCUCCCGGUCUGCUUCUCGCACUUGGGGGUCGUUCAGAUCCCCUCGAAUCCCUCCUCUGCCCACAGCGAGGGAGUGCAAGUGGGUGCGGGAGACUCUACAAAGGGAGACCACCGACUGGCAUUCCCGCAACGAGAAGCUUCCUGCGGCCGCCAGGAAAAUCACAUGGGACCCAGACAGAGGGCUUCACGCAAGGGCAAGUAGUUUGUUGUUUUCUGUGCGUAAACAUAAGGCUUACCACAAGUCCCAACAGCUCGAGGGCUACCGCGCUGAACGUGAAGCGAAGUCGGGCAAGGCGAAUCCGACCACCGUCAAAACCAAGGCUCGCAACCCAUUGAAGAGGGCCAUCGAAACGACCCCGUCCGACGAUGCCGAGAAAGAGGCGCGAAUGAGGACGAUCCGCCAGCGAUGCGACCCCGUCCCGAUCCCGCCCAAGGCGACAACGACCCCCACGGCCGAGGCCAACGAAGAGCAGCCCACGGAAGAGGAAGCCGUCGAGGAACAGCGAUGGGUCCCUAGGCUGCGAAACAUCGACCUCGAGUUGCGCCCUCAGACCAAGGCCGUUAUCAAGCUUGGUCUGCUGUUUGCGGGGUUGUCUGCCCUGAUGUGGUGA